CUGAGGGACCUAUUAUAGUGUUGCAAAAGCAGACCAGUCUGGUCGRCGGAAAAAUGUCUGACCAGAAACCAACGGUGGAUCCUGAAGUCCCCUUUGCCAAGAGAAUAGAUCCAAACAAGGAGGAUCUUACCAGGGACGAGUUCUACUUUAUCAGACAAGUGGAGCUCGCGCAAUGGAAGAAGAAAUCGCAGCAACUGAGGGGCCGUAAUAUUGCAACAGGACUUGGUAUCGGAGCCAUUGUAAUGGGAAUUUAUGCCUACACGUUUUACUCAGUGAAACAGGAGAAGAUCAUGGAUGAGCUGGAUGAGGAGGCCAAGAUGAGAGGGGCAAAGACAGGUGCCAACUGACAUGGCAAUCAGAAAACUUAGCUCAGAUGGACUGUGUGGUGUGCCACGUAUCCUAUCUACUGCACUGGAAGGGACUAAUGCUGACGCUACACCUUAUUCCACUGCUAGCCAUUGUCAACUUUCAGAGGCUGCAUUGGACCUUCUUUUGCCCAGGAUCUGUAGGUUAUGUAAUUAUGUUGCUGACUUAAGCGUUGUCAUUGUGAUUAACAUGCUUGUCAAUAGGAGAAAAGAUCUACUGCUCCCGAUUGCCCUACCAAUUCAGGAUACCUGGGUGGUGUUUACUAAAUGGAAGAAAAUGGACUACUUGUAGUAGUUGUAGACUUUUUUUUGUAAGAAACGGUCACUUUUCUGUAGUGUGCCCUACAUGUACAUGACCCUAUUCUUCCUUUUCUCCCAAUAAGUAGUCAGUCACUUGUAUAGAAUUAUUGGUACUGCCCCAUUCAGCGUCAWAUGUCUCCCAAAACUGUCUAUAGAACUAAUUCAACCUCCAAUCAAUAAUGUUAAUUCUACAGUGGCCUUGAAAUGUGUGGGAUUUGAAUUGGAACUACUGAACUGAGACAAAGAAACACAAUCAGAUUGAAAUAUAUUUAUGAUGAUYAAGGACGGAGUUGUAAAAA